CAGCUAGCGUGCUGCACGAAAUCAAGCAGAGUUUCAUGGAGGCAUAUGACGAGAAUUCUGACGGCAGGAUCGACAUAUCCGAGCUCGCUCAAAUGCUGCCCAUGGAAGAGAAUUUCCUACUCUUAUUUCGAGUAGACAACCCGCUGGAUUCCAGCGUUGAAUUUAUGAAGAUCUGGAAACAAUAUGAUCUGGAUCGAAGUGGAUAUAUAGAAGGUGACGAACUAAAGGAGUUCCUGAAAGACCUUCUUGGCGAAUUCAAGCGAGAUGUUACAGAGGACAAACUCAUUGAAUACACUGAUACAAUGCUGCAAUUAUUUGACUCGAAUAGAGAUGGGAAAUUGCAACUCAGCGAGAUGGCAAAAUUGCUGCCGGUGAAGGAGAACUUUCUAUGUCGUCAGAUAUUCAAAGGUACGGCAAACCUUACAAAGGAUGACAUAGAGAGCGUCUUCAAUCUAUAUGACAGAGAUCACAACGGGAUAAUUGAAGCGGAAGAAAUACUUGGCUUUUUGAAAGACUUGUUAGAGCUGGUAAAAGAGGAUUACGAUACGGACGACCUUUACGAUUUCAAGGACGUCAUCAUGCAGGCCGAUAUUAACCACGACGGCAAGAUCAACAAGCCCGAACUAACGAUGGUUCUCCUCGCUCUCACGCAGACCGGCCAGUAGUGACCGAGAGAUGGCGCCACGCUACAAUAACGCGCGGGCGAGAGAAUUAAUUUUAUUGAUUACUAAUUUUAUAAUACUUUCUUGAUUCAAGUUAUAUAAUCACAGGUGCAAACGCACUAGUAGCCUGCACGCACGCGGGGAGACACGCAGGCUGGUAUAUGCACGCUCGGUGAUAUACGUAGUCAGCGCAGUAAGUGCAUAUCUAACAUACAUGAACGGAUUUUAAUUGGUCAAUUAAACAUCACGCGGGGCCACGUGUACAAAAUGCAUUUUUGGUAGGUAUACGUGAUUUUCACGGACUAAACGGAUUCAUGUGAAAUACGUGAGAUGCGAUACGUAUUUUUAACCUGCACGUAAUCUAAUAUUUAUAUACCAAAUAUGUUCAUGUAACAUUCAGCAUAACCACUCACUGAACACGUGCGUGCGCCUGUCUGCAUAAACGGAAUAAUGACGAAUGUCGAUAAAUGUUGAAUGUUACUGCUUUGUAUUAUAUGUAUAAAGUAAUAGUAAUUAUAAACGCGAACGUACAUAACCAUUCUAAAUUAGUAUACGAAUGCAAAAAAAAGAAUUAAGUGGCGCUUGCGAUUGCUUCAAAUAAAACAUUUACGCAUCCAAACGAAUGCAAAACGAUUAACAAUAAGUUUGUUCAAACCUCAAAUUCAAACUCUACUAGUUAAAUUAAACCGCUACUAGUUUUUGACGAUAUAUUAAAGCGGCAUUACCCCAAUAUUCACCAAUGUAUCUAAUCAAGAUAGUGUUCUAGUCAAGCAUUUUCGACAUAAAACCAUUUUGAUGAGAUAUACUCAUCACUAAAGCUGCUUCGUUCAAACCUUGCAUUGGAUUGUUGGCAUCCAAAAAUUUUUAGUACAAGUUUUAAUACAAUUAACGUGACAUGAUUGCUGCAUUUUAAUAGGUGUGAAUAAAAAGAAAUUUCUUCCUUUAUCGGUUUUUAUCCAUUUCGGAUGUUAAUGAAAUAUACGUGUACAUUCAUAUCAUCGUAAAUUAUUUUCGCUGUAAAUACCCAAGUUAUGUUAUAACGUAUAGUAGUAUAGUAGUAUGUAUUUGGUUACUGCGCAAAACGUAUAUAGGCCUAUAUAUAUAUAUAUGAUGAUUGCCGCUUUUUUUUCAAAAGAUGGCCAUCUCUUCUUCUGCUACACGGC